AUGGUUAUUCCACAUUUAAUUUGGCAGGUAAUCUUUACGUUUUUCUGCUUUGCCACCAUCUCCGGGUUAAUGUAUUUGGGUAUUACCUCUCAAAUGUUGAUGCCAUCAAGUGUGGUAUUGUCUAUAAUGCUUUUAAUACCAGGAUUUUUUGAGAUCUGGUGGGCAUACCUAACUUAUCAGCUCGCUUAUUCCUUCUCGUGGCUGUUGAAUCGAAAGGAGGCGGAGGAGGAGGAGGCGGUGGUGGAGGAGGAGGUGGUCGUGGAGGUGGAGGAGGAGGCGGAGGUGGACGAGGAGGUGGAGGUGGAGGAGGCGGCAGAGGUGGUGGAGGAGGAGGAAGAGGAGGUGGAGGUCGUGGAGGCGGAGUUGGAGGCCGAGGAUGGGGUGGAGGAGGUGGCAGAGGUUGGGGCGGUCGUGGAGGAGGAGGACGCGGAGGCGGCUGGGGACAUGGCGGUAGCGGCGGCGGUGGGGGAUGGAGACGACCCUGGUGGCGAAGAGGAGGAUGGGGUGGCGGCGACACUUCGUCCUACUACGGUGGCGGAGGCGGAGGUGGAUUCGGUUUGGGUCUUUUCCGAGGAGGUUUAUUCAACCGAGGCUAUCAAAAUUACGGAGGAGGACAAUGCCAAAGUGAGUGACAAUUUGCUGCUG